GUGGAAGUGGUCCGUGUAGUCUAACAAAGUCCAUUUGAGAUUGAGCUCUAUGCAUAUUUAAUAUGAUGAAUGAUACAUGCUGGUUAGCUGACAGGUACUCAGAACCUUUGCUGCAGCCGAUUUGGGAUCACAUGCGCGAGAAACAGGUAUUAUUCCAAUCACCUCUGUUGACGGCUUGUAUCGCGCUUUCUGUCCACGUCCUUUUUUGCGUGCCUUACUUGGCGCUUGAUUUACUCGGAGACCGUGUCCGAUGGAUUCAUCACUACAGGAUCAAGAAUAAGAUUUACGAACCAUUUGACCUACGGAUAUGGCUGGAUUGUCUUGGAAGAAUUGUCGUCAAGUACCUGACUGGUGUUCUGCCAUCUAUUGCACUUUUUCUAAGCCUCCGAGAAACUGAUUUACCUGAGAAGGCGCCGUCUUGCUUCCUCGCUCUUGCAGAAAUACUACUAUGUCUACUCAUGUUUGACACUUUUUUCUACGUGUGGCAUUUGAUAAUUCACAGGGUUCCGUGGCUGUUCCAGAAGGUCCACCGCACACAUCACCUGAACCACAGCAUGUUUGCCCUGGCGGCUCAGGAUGCAAGUAUAGCCGAGUUAGUCUCUCUCCAGAUCCUGGCGCUGGGCAGUGCCGCGCUGGUGAGCUGCCAUCCUCUGAGUGAGGUCCUCUUUCACCUCCUCAACACCUACCUUGCCAUCGACGACCAUUGUGGUUAUGACAUGCCAUGGGCACUCCCCCACCUCCUCCCGUUUUUUAGUGGCGCACGGUAUCACCAGGCCCAUCACCAGCGGUACAAAGGUAACUACGCCCCAUACUUCAGACACUGGGACUGGAUUUUUGGGACAGCACUGACGAAAGACACUAUGGGACAGCAACAUGAGGCUAAUGUUCUCAAACAUGAUGGAGAGUUGCAUCCCAGUAUCACGUCCUACUUGUUUCCACGCAUGGACCCAUGAGAUAUGGCGGGGACCAGAGUUUUUGUUAUAGAGAUAAAGGACAUGGUUUGGUACUCAACCACUUAUCCUGGGGGGGAAAGCAGGUGGAUAUAAACUAACCACUGACUCCAGGAAAGGGCAGUGUGUCUAUGAGUGCAAUUUGCUGUUGCAAGUUACUCUAACAGCAAGAACAAAUUUCUGUGGUUACCAGAGACAAUGUAACAGAAAGAAACAAUGUCACUUUGGCACAAGGUUACCUGUGGAUUUGGGGGAAAUGUCUAAUUAUGAUGACUUCUGUAUUCACUGUGUAGCUUAAUACAUGGUGUUUUUUCCAAAUGUUAUUACUGUACAUGUUCAUCAUCUUGCCUGAGGAACUAGCAAAAUACUCCCAAAUAAUCAGUCAUUGAAUGAUUAACUGUGACCUUUGCAAUUUAGUUGCAUUAGGCUGGAUCAAGUUAUGGUUUCAAAUAAAAAUCCAAGAAUGUUUCAUCCCUAAAUGGUACACUGGUCCAUUCCAGGAAGUGAAUGGCUUUAUGUUGAGCCGACUUUCUGUUGACCCUCACAGACUGGACCGUAUUAUAUGCAGGGAUGCAAACAAUUUAUUAACAAUCAUUAUUAUUGAUAUGAUGUUGCUUUUGCACAUGUGACAAAUCAGUCAGUGAAAACAUGCACAUCAGUGGACUGCUUUACUUAAAAUUGCAAACUGUUACAAUUAUUUCAUUGCAUUAGCCUACUCAGCAUUGCAAGAUGCUUGCAUGAGCAAUGCUUCCCAAAACAACAGUAAUUAUAUGGAUGCCAUUUAGAAGUUAUUCCAUUAAGAUUGAAUACAAUAUUGUUUCUGCCAACAAUUCCUUUUAAUAUUUCAGAAUGUUUAACACAUUUCGAUUCAAUGCUAUAUUGGGGUCUGUUGUCGAUAGAAAAUGAUAGAUUUUGGUUAGCUUUCAUUGAUUCAAAAAUGGCAAGUAUUACAGGUGGAAUUAUAGGCCAAAUACUGAACAUUGACCGUGGAAUCAGAUCAGAAACAACCGUUUUUUCUCUUGUCCACCCUAAAACCACCUGUCACUAUAGCUGAUUUAUAAUGUAACAUGGUUUAAACUCAUAUGUUGCUGUAGAAGUGACUUCUGCUACUGUGAAAGGAAACUAGCCUACUUGGAAUAUUCUGUAGGCCUGCUGUUGCUUUUAUGAGAACACUUUAACUGACUGAUCAAGCCUUCAUUAGGCUAUUGAAUGGCUUAAAAGUGCUAAAUGAUGUGGUUCUACGCAGUUGUCAUCUAAAUGCAGUGUUUUGUAAAGCAUUUCAUGUUCAUGUUGUGGUCACUCAAGGCCUAUGUCUUGAGUAAUCGCUGUCCCUUUAGUUUACAUGUCUGGGAUUUUACAUUACAUUUUAACUCCAUGCUGUUUUUUAUUGAUGGACAGGACUGUCUUUGAUUCAGAGUUUUCCUAAAAAUGGUCAGGAGGGACAGUUAUAUAGUGAGACAGUAAGAACAAGUAUACACAUGCUGUAUAGAUUUCAAUGAAAGUAAGCAGAAUAUUCUACACAUUCCUUUGUCUAAAACUCUAACCCAAAUACUAUCUAACUUUAAAACAAAAUUAAUUAUAUCUGAUACAUUUUUAUAUCUUUAAUGUUUUUUAUGGUUUUGAAGAGAACUGUUUUUUGUUACAAAUAAAUG